UCAGAUCCCCUCUCCAACAGAGAGGAGAUCAACUACAACAACGCGUUUCAAAAACUUGAAAUAAUCUGCACCACGAUGCUGAGACUCGUUUUCUUGAUUCUCUUCGGAGUUCCCGCUGUCACGGCAGUGACUCACUCUCUGAAGUAUUUCUACACUGGAUCCUCUCAAGUCCCAAACUUCCCAGAGUUUGUGGCUGUUGGAUUAGUAGAUGAUGUUCAGAUGUUUCGCUAUGACAGCAACACCAAAAAGGCAGAAGCUAAACAGGACUGGAUGAGCAGAGUCUCAGAGAAGGAUCCCCAGUACUGGGAGAGAGAGACUGAGAGGAUGGCAGGUACCCAUCAGAGCUCCAAAGUCAGCAUUGAAACCCUAAGGCAGCGCUUCAACCAAACUGGAGGUGUUCACAUUCUCCAGAGAAUGUAUGGAUGUGAGUGGGACGAUGAAACUGGAGACGUUAAAGGUUAUAACCAGCAUGGUUACGAUGGAGAAGACUUUGUAGCUCUGGAGCCAAAGAAGAUGGAGUCAUGGAUCGCUCCAACACCACAGGCUGUAAUCACCAAACAUAAGUGGGAAAAUGACAGAGGUUUGAUGGUACGGAGGAAGAACUAUUUGACCCAGUUUUGUCCUGAGUGGGUGAAGAAGUAUGUGAACUAUGGGAGGAGAUCUCUGAUGAGAACAGAGCGUCCUUCAGUGUCUCUCCUCCAGAAAACAUCCUCCUCUCCAGUCAGCUGCCACGCUACAGGUUUCUACCCCAACAGAGCCGAGAUGUUCUGGAGGAAGGAUGGAGAGGAGAUCCAUGAAGGUGUGGACAAAGGAGAGAUCCUCCCCAACCACGACGGGACCUUCCAGAUGACUGUUGACCUCAGACUUCCAUCAGACUCAUCUGAGGACUGGACCAAGUAUGAAUGUGUGUUCCAGCUGUUUGGAGACAAGGACGACAUCACCGAACUGGACCGAGGACGGGUCCGGUCCAACGAACCGAAACCAAACGACAUGAUCGUCCCCAUCAUUGUUGCUCUGGUUGUUCUCGCUGCCGUGGUUGUCGCUGUGGUUGUCGGAGUUGUUCUUUACAAAAAGGAAGUUCUUCCUUGUAAAAACAACGACACACGUUCUCCGUCUCCUUCUUCAGCUGAGAGCCAAGAGAGCAACGAGAAGAUGCUUCCUAAAGCCUGAAUAACAAACAAAAACCCGAAAACAGUGAGUUCAUUUAUGUGUUGAACAAAAUAUUAAAAGAGCAAUCACAGAAUGUUGUUAUAGAUUGGAAAUGAUACAUGCAUUAUUUUUUGAUCGGCAUUCAAAAUUAUUAAAAAAAUAUUUAGAUAAAUUAUGUUUUUCUUAUUUUGGUAUAAUAUGAAUAGUGAAAAUUUCUCUAAAAUAUUUUGAAAUAUUUGCAAAUCAAAUAAAACUCCCUCUAUGUUCCUCUGUGGAGAAAAAUAACAGGUUAGCAGGUUCUGUGAUUGUAAAUGAAUCGACUGAGUUGACUGGUUUUACUUUAUUUUUUUGGUUUUGGGUUUUUACUACUUAUCAAUGAAUCAUUCACAAUUAUUGAUGAUGCACAGUUACACGUGCACAAACAUCUGCAUGAAUUUAUUCCUUGUGUCUAUUAUCUGUAUCAUUAAGGUCUGACUUCAUCAUAAUAUCAAUCAUAAAUGUGUAAACUGGAGAUUUUAAACAUCAGUCGACUGUGUGACUCCUGAUAAACGUCCCGUGUGAUCUGAUCAGAUGGAGGUCGUCAAUAAUCUGCUCGUCUCACUGGAAUAAACAAGAAAUUAUUCACGUUUUGAUUGAUUUUGACAACUAACUUCAUUUAGUUACCACUCAAAAAAAAGAAAGUAUCAAUUUGCCUUAUUAGCUUUUCCAAUUUUGUAAAUAUUCAGAUGUAUAUAUCUUUUCUGUCACGUAAACAGGGUUGGAUAUUGAUUGAUUUGAUUUGGCCUGGAUAGAUGAGGUCUUAUUUUAUUUAAAUGACUUUAAUAAACAAUGUUUAUUAAUUAAAAUCUCUUCUUUUUGGGAUUUAUUGAAUGAAUAUCAGUCAAGUUGUUCUGGUUUUCUUCA